AGAGAGAGAGGGGGAGAGAGAGAGAGAGGGCACCAAAAAUGGUUAAGGUAGUGGAGAGGAGGAAGAAGAAGAAGAAAGGACGGCCCUCUCUUUUAGAUCUUCAGAAACGGACUCUCAGAGAACAAGAGCAGCAGCAGAAGCGCAAAAACAACUCUGCCCCUCAUUCCAAACCUAAUUACAGGAGUGCCCCUGCCGACUCCGCCAAGGCUCCGGUUCGUCGAUCCACCCGCCGCAACCCUAACCCUGACGAUAACGAGGACGAGGACGACGGCGAAGACGAGGACGACGACGUUUCGGCCGGGAAGCGCCGCGAAAAAAAGCUCAAGCUCGUCCUCAAAUUGCCUCCCAAUCAGAAAUCGUCGGCCAAUUCCGCGUCUUUGAACUCUGGCGGCUCCGAGUCCAACGCCGAUGGCGAUAACGCUGCGCCGGAGGUCGAUAAGAAGCGCAAAAUCAAUGCGAUCGGCGAUGGAUCUGGGCUCGCUCACCCUCAAAAGGGUGAGAAGACAAUUUCAGCUACAAACCCUUCAAGCGCCCUCCAAGGAGGGACAGCGUUGGAUUCUGGACCCUCUACGCCUUUACCUGAUAAAAAGCUGUUGCUGUUCGUUCUCGACAGGCUUCAAAAGAAGGACACGUACGGUGUGUUUUCUGAACCAGUGGACCCCAAAGAGCUUCCGGACUACCAUGAAGUAAUAGAGCAUCCUAUGGAUUUUGGGACGGUGAAGAAGAAACUUACUAGUGGAGUGUAUACUAGCUUGGAACAGUUUGAGAGUGAUAUCUUCUUAAUCUGCUCCAAUGCAAUGCAGUACAAUGCCCCAGAUACCAUAUAUUUUCGGCAGGCGCGCUCCAUACAUGAGCUAGCAAAAAAGAAUUUUGAUAAUUUGAGACAAGAUAGUGAUGAUAAUGAGCCAGGACCCAAGGUUGUAAGAAGAGGUAGACCACCGACCAAAAAUUUGAAAAAACCACUGGGCAGGCCUUCCUUGGAGCGUGCUGGUUCAGAGUUCUCAGAUGCCACUCUUGCUACUGGGGCAGAAAAUGCGAAUUAUGAUCUGAGAAAAGGACCUCAGAUAAUAUUAAUAUUGUUAUUGAUGCAUAUAUGUAUGUAUAUUGCCUAGGUGGUGCAGCUACAAGAAAUGCAUGAAAAUAUAUUGCCACCUCCACCCCGCCUAAGAACUAGAAUCACCCACGAUAUAUUCCACUUGUUGCUCUUGUAAAAACCCUUUGUGCCAUAUGGCAUUGGUGCAUGGCCUUGGAGGCACUAUAAAAGGAAGCAAGUGCAAGCAA